CGGCGCUCUACGCAACGUCGUCGGUGCGACGGUGGGACCAGUGCCUCUCACGAUUCCGUUCUCGCUCUGCCCUCCGUCUCGUCAUUCCCCGGUGAACGCGCCGCGCUGCCGGGCCACUUCCGUCGCCCGUGUUGAUCCAGGAUCGACCAACGACCGUUCGCUCGAUCCGAUCGAGAGAGACCCACACCGCCCGAAGACAGACAGUGAGAGAAAGAGAGAGAGAAUAGAGACAGAGUGGUGAACACGAGUUCCCGAGGCCACGAGGGAGAGAGGAUAGCUGAGGCCGUGUGUCCGACCAGAGGAACAGACCCCGGAAGAUCCCGUGCGAACGCGACGGAAAGAGGAUGGAGUGAGGUAGCAAAGCCGGACGCUCGAACGCCGCUCGCGAACGCCGCCUUGAAGGCAGAGGAAGACGAGGGAACAAAGUAGCAACAGCAGCAGCCAGCAGCCUACCAGCAAGCAGCAGGAAAGAGGAUCGGUUGAAGAAGAGAGGCGUCGAGGAGGAGGAGGAGGAGGAGGAGGGAAGAGGAGGUGGUUAGUGGUGAAGUUGGUGGAGAAGAGAGAAGGAGGAAGUGAAGCAAGUGUAGAGCCGCGUCCACGACGCCGAGGAGCCACGUCCUCGGGAGGAGAUCAACCUGGCCUGACGACCGUGCCCGUCGUCGAAACGGCCCCGUCGCUAUCACAGCGGCUGUGUGUCACUACUGUUCCACUGCCCCACACACCGCGGCCUCAUGAUUGGUUCAUUCUGGAACCUCUGCCGUGCGUGCCCUUCAAUGCCGAUUGACAAGCAGCUCCAUUCAGAGUAUAGGAGCACGUACACAUGGCACGAGUACACAGGGCCGCACCAGGAGCACGCGGUCGUUCGCCGAGCGCCGCAACCGCCGCCGACCUCGACGACGCAAGCGAGCGCGAAGCUACAAUCGGCCAAGUCGACCGAGGAUGAGAACACCGAAGGACCCACCUUGGAACCACCGUUGCCCAGACGAAAGAAAUGCCCGGAGCUCGCGUACAAGACGCACGAGUUCAUCACGGCGGCCGAUGGAGGUGGCAUCGACGCCGUCGAUUCGAACGUCGUAGCUGACAAAGUCCGGGAAGUGACAGCGCAAUCGGCCUUGCCACCGAGUCAGCUGAGCAAAGCGAUAUCACGGAUCAGCACCGAGUAUCGGUUGCAGUUCGCCUGGCCUAGACGACCCCAACUGACAAAUGGGGAGGUAGUGGCACCGGGAGUCACUGCCGCAGGGGGAGCAGCAAGCACGACAGGACCACCCAGGAAGUCCCUCAGCAUGGGGGCACUGAAACAGGGUAUCGCGCCGACGGGGCCUGCUCCGGUUCACAAGAAACGACCCGGGGAUGUCGAUCACAAGCGCGAUGGGGUGCAGGCAUCGGAGCUGGAGCCCCUGGUCGGCGGCACCGGUAUGGACAUCAUCGACGGCGUGGUGCCGGAGGGCGACGAGCGCGAGGAAGAGAUGCCGGAUUUGAAAAUAGCUUUCAGGGGUAAAAAAUCAGGUAGAACCGUAAGGAUAGCAGACGAUAAAGGCACGAGCAAACCGCAAGAAAAACCGUUCCCCACCUCGGAGGUGAUCGAGCUUAGGCGACUCGCUGACGAGUACAAGCAUCGCGACUGGGGUUGCGGUCUGGCAGCCGAGGACGAAGCUUCGCUGUGGAAACGAGUCUCCAGUAACCACGCUCUCAACGCGCUGUCCCUAGCCAGGUCGGUGACGAAGGAGGAGAAGGAGAAGGAGAACACGAGGAAGGUCGCGCCGGUUUCCACGGCGAUGACCAUGCCUCCAGCGGGUCGACCGUCAUCGGUGCAGGCUAGACCCAUGCAUGGAAUAUUGCAGGAUGAUACGAAAGCGGUCAUCGAUCUUUCGCAGGACACCGAAAGAGCUAUAGCUCGCGCAAGAAAGGAUUUCUUGAUCCGCCACCAUCUGGAUCGUACAACCGGUGUGGGAGACGGGGCACUGCUUCCCUCUCCCACGAGAGAGAAAUUGGAGCCCGUGAUACCACGACGUCGCGAAGACGCGAAAGAACAUCGCGAAGAAGUGCAGCCUAAGACGAAGUCCAGCCCGAAGAACAGUCCCAGAACUGGCCGUUCCCAGAGUCUUGGCCCGAGCGUGACCGAGCGUAGAUCGCCUAAACGUCAGCCACCGCGUGCACCCUCUGUCACCAAGGAUGCGAAGGAGAAAGAGAAAGAGCCGAAGGAUAAAGAGAAGGAUCAAAGGGAGAAGAUCGGUGAGCCUGAAAGGCAUCCACGACCGAUCACGGGCCCUGGCCGCGUGCGUUGGAGCAUACGGGAACCCUCGACGAUUUCCUCGACGGGUCCGUCGACCAGCGUGCCGCCAUUACCGCCACCACCCUCGGGCCCAGGGCCUACUCCGUUCCACAGGAGGCCCCCGCAGGUCCAUCGGAAAUCCUUCCUCGCAACCACCGCUCCUCCCCAUCGCCCUCUUCAUCAAGCCAAACCCUCAACCACUACCACCACCACCGCCACCAACACCACCAACACCACCACCACCGCUAGUACCACUGUAAAACCCCCGGUAAAGCAUUCAGUUCAUACGAGUGUCCAUCACCCACCUGCGUCGAGCGCUGCCGCUGCGGCCAGGCCGGACCGUGUUAAAGAUAUAAGCCGGUGCCAAGGUCCGAACGAAGCUCAGGCAAAAACGGCCCGCGACGAACCAGCUGCGGCUGCGGCCGCAGCCGCCGCCGCCGAUCCAUCCAAAUCAUCCUCCGAUAGUCGAUACGCGUCAAACCAAGCCGCUACCGCCGUCCAACCUAUGACCGCGGAGCCACAGGUGAACGGGGAUGCGACCGCCGGAGACUCGAGCGUCGCGUCGACACCGCCGUCGCAGACGCAGCCGUUGUCCGCGACCGCAGCAAGCCCAUGGAUCGACGACGAGCCGGUGGUGAAAAGCCCCCCGGAGCCGACCAGGGUAAAGUCGCCCGAGCAAAUGAUCAUGCGGUCCCCCGAGCCCGUAAAUUGGACGGUGCCGCUGGACACCGGGAAAACGUUCACUGUCACGCAAAACGUCAGAGAAGAACCCCUGACGCGUCCGCAUAGCGAGGCGAAGUCAUGGGCACCGUCUUCCCUGCCCUCGGCACCCCAGUCAGCCCCGCCGGAGCUCGCGGCUCAGCACAAGUCGCAGCACUCCCAGCACUCCGGGUACAAGUCGCCGGAGAGCGAAAGCAUUUCCAUCGGCAGCUUCAGCGGUCUGAACGGCCACAAGGACCUGGACUCCGAACGGGACAGCCCGUUCCCCACGAGCGCUCGGGGAGCCAGCACACCCCCUCAGGUUGAAAAGGAAUCGGGCGGCGCAGAGGAGUCGAAGGCGGAUCCCCGGCCGGAGCCAUCGAUAAAGCCGGUGGUCGGGACGAAUUUAAGAUGCCUGGAGGACCCGGGUUUCGAGUACGACAGAAAGAAGGACGUCAGCCAAGCGACAACGACGGCGACGAUGACGACCCCGUCGUCGUCGACGGCCCCGCAGCCGGGCUACCGUAUCUUAGAAGCGGAAUCACCGCAGGCUGCGACCGGUAGCAGCAGCGGCGGCGGCAGCGGCGGCAGCAGCGGCGCCGGCGGUGGAGGCAGCGGAGGCGGGGUCGUAGGCAGCAGCGUGGGUGGUUAUCAUGUCCUUGAAGCGCCGACGGUGGUGCCAGGCUCGGCGCAGCGUUCGGCAGCGAGCGAGGUGCUGGAGAAGGCGCGAAACCGCUUCGACAAGUUCUGGGGGAAGGGCAGCGGUUCCGAGAAUUAGAGCGAGAGCUCGCGCGGGGAACAAGCAGUGACGUCCUCGGGACCGGAGGAAUGGAGGAGGUUGGAGGAGGGAUAGAUGGACGGAGGAACAGGUGACUAAACGAAAACAAGAAAAGAACAGAAAACGAUCCGAGGUUCCUGUGCAAGCUUCUUUCGUGGUUCGUCUGCCCCCGUCCCUGACGAUCGAGCUCGCUCUCCGCCGUCGGGGACGAGGCAUCACGCUGGCUCCUCUCCUCCCCGUCUCUUUUGCCUUCGUUGACGCGGCCCCCACCGACACCGGAAGUCGACGGCGCGAUUUAACCAUCCGCGCGCAGGGCGAAGCGAGGAAUCGGAGGAGGUUGGAGGAUCACCGUUGAAGGAGGAGGAGGAGAAAGAGGAGGAGGAGAGAGAGGGUUUUUAUAAGGACGCUUCUUCGACCUGCUGAAGAAGGUCGGGUCCUCCGAGGAGGACAGGGAAGACGGUGCGUGCAGGCAACGCGUCGGUCUCGUGCCAGCUCUCGAGGAACCGCACGAAGGACGCCAAGAUCGUCGGAGCGACUCGAGAAGGUCCUUCGACCGGAUGCGAUUCUUCGAGGGACGAGACGAAGAGGUGAUCGUGUUGGAUGGGGAUCGAACCGGGCGACGUACACGGACACACGCGGAUCGCUCUCUACACGUACACAAGAGUCAAAACGGAGAGGAAAGGAGACAGACGGACGGACAGACAGACGGACAGACGGACGGACAAACGGACGACGCAUAGACAAAAAAGGAUGCCAUGCGGUACAUACAUAGAGAGACACGCACCUAGACGUACACACGCGAGUCAGUAAUGUUUCUAGGAUAUUCAAGUGAUCUCAAGGGAUCCGCCGUAGUUAAGCCCGAAUUCUUUUUCCAUUGAUAAAAAGUGAAUAAAACGAGGAAAAACGAGAAAAAAAAAUUGAAAAAAAGAA